AUGAGAUUUGAAGUAGGCUUCGUGCUGAUGAGCAUAGUCAUUCUCGUCUUCCGGAGCUGUUACACCGUUUACUGGGAAGAGCGCCAGAAGAAGAAAAAGGAAAAGAAGCUAAAGGAAGACAUCGAAAUGAUGCAGAAAAUCGGCAAAAGUACUGACAAUGUCUUCAAAGUCAACACUCUCGAAAAGAAUUCAAACCUUCAAGUAGUAACCCAGUCGACGCGUUUAUUAGAAGACGAAGAUAAUGUGUUUUAA